GAACCCGGAAGAGAGGAGUGACGGCGUGUGAGGAUUGUUUACAUUUGUUGCAGCUCGUCGAGAUGAAUCCUCCGAUGAUCAACUCCACCAACUCCGUCUCAACAACAAGAAGGAAACGAGAGGCCGAGCGCUCUGUUAACUGGACGAUGGAGGAAACGCAGGUGCUGCUGUGCGCCUGGAGCGACGAGCGCGUCCAGAAGAGCUUGGCGGAAAACCUCCGCAACCGCCACGUCUUCAAACACCUCUCAGCCCGCAUGAGUGAGAUGGGUUUCAGUCGGAGUCCACACCAGUGCCGGCUGCGGGUCAAAACUCUGAAGGCUAACUACGUGAGAGCCAAACUGCAGAAGAGCGUCGACAGCUCGCAGCCAUGCACUUUUAAAUACUUUGCAGAGAUGGACGCCGUGUUGGGCCGGAGGUCAGUGGGAGGGCCCUAUUUUGUUUCUCCAGAACAGAUGGCAGAGUGUCACCCUAACUCCAUUGAUAGGACAGGAAGUGUCCCGCUAGAUUUAAACUCUAGUACAGAGAUUACUGAACACCAUUUUGGUUCUUUGGGGAGGACAGGAAGACAAUUUAUGAGCUCUGUAGACGGGAGAGGAGGCCGGCAGUCGUGGCAGCUCGACUCUGACGUCAAGUUGGAGGACGGAGGAGAUUCAACGGAUGAAUUUGAGUUCAACAACGCAGGAUUUCCACAAUGUCCGAGAGACAGGUGCCACGAAGUCUGGAGUCUGGAGUCAUCCGUCCAUCGUGACAUGAGUGGUACAACUGUGGAAAACAGCUUGAGCACUCCUUCCCCACAUGUAGUACCACCUCCAUCUCCUCCUCCUCCUCCUCCGCCUCUUACCCAGUCCACUGGCUCUCCUCUCCCCGCACCCCCAGAUCCAAGCCCCAGCACCCUCCCCACCUCUGGCCACCACCCCCUCGAGUCCUCCCGCCUGGAACCCGUCCUCAAGCACCUGCUGGAGAGCUUCCACCGGCUGGUGUCGGAGACCCGGGGCCUGCUGGUGCAGGUGGAGGGCCAACGGCAGGAGCACGCCCGCUGGCACCAGGAGCUCCUGGCCCAGUGGCUGCAGAGGGAGGAGCGCCGGCAGAGGGAGACGGCCGAGAGGGAGGAGAGGAGGGAGAAAGCUCGCAUGGAGCACGAGAUCCGAGUCCUGGAGCUCCUCACAGGUCUAGCCAGAGAACACGGGUGUAAGUGCGGAGGCGGACAGACUGUAUCAGGGGCAGCGAGCAGCUCGAGUCACAACAUGAACGAAGACAGAAAGUAGGUAUAUAUAAUGGUAUUCAAGCUCAGGUGGAACCAAAUAACAACACUGACAAUGCACAACAGCCACAUUCAGGGCAGCGUGGUUUGCAUCGAGACUCUAACUGAACCAAAAAAUUACGGGAAAAGACCCUCAAACUGCAAGAGUGUGAGAAAAAGCUGCUGAUUGAUUACUGACAGCCGGAGGUCAGCUGUGCUCAGAACACAAAGUUACAGUUGGAGUGUGAAGGAGAAGAUGCUUUUCUCUCUGGUCUCCGUUGAUUGUACCAAAUGUGAUGGAACUGCUUCAUGCACUUUUACAGAAAUAAAAAAUUAAAAAAAAAAACUACUUCCUGUUUACUGUUGCAAUCUGUUUGAAUGUUUGAUUUAAAAAAAAAAAAAAAAAAACUGCCCUUCAACCAGGAAGUCACAAGUUUAAUUCCCCUCCGCAUAAAAUAAGCAUUUGUCAAUUCUCCAGAUGUUUUUGUUCAGAUGAUGACACUGGACCAAAUGGGAAACAUCCUACUAUGAAUUCCUGAUGCUUAUCCUCAGUACUCUGUGUUCAAGUUGUUAUGGGGAAUGUUGCACAAACAUAAAGUCGGUAUUUAUUUAUUAUUUCCCUGCAGGAACAUUUCAAAUCCAGCGUACAAGUCUGGAUUUAACGCUUGCAUAAGAGACCUUUAGCACAGUUUUGACACUCCGGCCAGGCUCUUCCUCCAGAACAGUAAACAUCUGAUGUCUUGAGUCACACAGCAUGAUAAUGAAAAUGAAAGCAUGUGGACAUCAUGUACCUUUUCACAGUUCCGUGACUGUAUUGAUUUGUGAUCUAUUUUUUUGCUAUGAAAGCUUUAACCUGUCCAAACGAGCUACACGGGAAUAUCCCUUGUCUGUGAUGGGGAAUUUUUUUUUUUUCUUCUUCCUGCUUUACACUCUGAAUCCAAUUUAUUGAACCUCCGGGCUGUAACUGCCCCAUGCUGAUUGUUACCUGAAUAGACAAACUGGAAAUCUUUCACUGGGCCAUUCAGCACAGGCUGCCCUGAAGGUAGAGUGUGAACGAGUUGAGAUGGAAAAGCCCCACUUCCUUUGGCUUUUGAAAUGCUAAAACCAGACUGUAAUCAACACUGGUCAGACUGGUAUUGUGUUUUACAGACAGGUUUAAAACCAGAUAUGGCGGCUGAUAUUCUCUAUUUUUUAUUACAAAUAAGAAAAGACCAAAUCCAACAAUGAAUUAAUCCUAAUAACAAGAAUCGUCUGUGUGGCUAAAGCCGUUCUGCGCCACAGCGCUCCAUUGUUGUACAGAAUUAUUAAAACCCAUCAGUAACCCUGAGCCUGCUGCUCAGGGUGACAUGUUCCUUCAUUACCAUGAGCACACACUUAUAACAUUCACUUUGACUCAGUCCCACACACGCACACACACACACACACACACC